UUCCCUUUCCUCUGCCCUUCUACGAUCCUCCCCCUCCUGCCCAACAUCAACCCCAAGCACUUUUUCUAGAGUUUUCCAAGAGUCUAAAGUCAAAGAAGUUUCCGGAAUUAUUCUUUCCCUCUCUCUCUCUCUGCAACAGUUACUCCUCCAGGAAUAAAUAUUCAUAGUUACUCGAGAGUACGCAACAGUUGGUAGAACAUAAGAGUGUCUGAAGAAUAUAAUUUUGUAGUGUCUUGUCUCAGAGAGAGAGAUGGAGAAGAUCAAAGGAGUAAUUCAGUCGAUUAAAGGCCGGUUUUUGAACAGAAUCGAUCGCAGGGAGCUGAAGGAGGGUGAUCACAUCUACUGCUGGAGACCUCAAUUUUACGUUUACGCCCACCACGGGAUAUACAUCGGUGACGAACAAGUUAUUCACUUCUCACCACCACCACCACUACCAGGAAGUUUCUCGUAUUUCUCCGGCUCCUUCAGCGACGCCUCCAGUGUCGCUCGAAUUCCAUGCACAAAAUGUGACAGCCACAGUCGUGAGGGAGUCACCCAGUGUUGCCUCGAUUGCUUUCUUUCCGGCGGUGAACUUUGCCGCUUACAAUACAACGUCUCACGACUCUUCUUCUUCUCCAGAGUUCGAGCAGGAACAUGUAGCCUUGCCAAAUCCAGCCCUCCUGCCGUGAUUCUUCACCGCGCCAAAUACCUCCUGGAGUGUAACGGCUUCGGAAGGUACGAUUUCCUUCGUAACAACUGCGAGCACUUCGCCAUCUACUGCUCGACGUGCCUCAUCUCGCAGAAGCCCCUUGAGGUCGGACAGGUCGGGGCUUUGAAGGGCUUCCUCGAGCGGCUCUACAAGAGCAGAAAGCUCAAGGUCAACGGAAUUCUGCGGAACCUCUUGGGUUUCCAGAGCGGACUGGCGGAGUCUCUCCUCGCCUUUCUCCAGAGCGUCUUCGGCAGCAAAAUUGAGGAGACAGUCAUGGAGCUUGCUCGGGGAUUGUUUGGCGAGAGUGGACUGGCAGAUGCCGUCGGCAAGGAGAUUCUCGAGUUCUGUAGCGGGAAGAUGCGCGUCUCUCCUUCUGCCGCCGAUGCUUCUGCUCUGCUUACAAACAUCUACGCCGAGCUUUUUAUACUGUAUUAUUUCUACAGCGUCGCUCGCUACCAAUCUGAUAUCGGAAUACGUUGUGACGUUCGUUCGAUUGACGUCGAAAGACUUGUUGCUGAGUUGAACGUGGCCGAGCCAGAAUUAGUUGCUGAGUCCGGUGUGGCGGGGUCAGGGUCUGAGCCGCUUGCUGAGCUGGAAGUGGGUGAACCAGAACCAGUUGCUGCAUCGAAGGAAGCUGGGGCUGAGUUCGUUGCUGACCCAAAGAUGGUUAAACCAGAGUCGGAUAUGGUUGAUCCAGAAAUUGUUGAGGAUUGAAGAUGUUCGAUCCGUAAUUGAGUCAGUGUGCUUUUAUUGUCGUCCGGUGUUAUGGGUUAUUUCUUGUCAUCGUUAAACACCCAGGAUUCUGAUUUGACUCAACUCGGUGUGGGAGGAAUUGGGAACUCGGUGUUUGUCCAGUAGGCUAGGAAGGACCACUUCGAUGUCUUUCAAACUCAGUAUUAUAGAAAUAUUAUAUAAAUAAAGAUGAUAAAAAUAUGUUUGUGUUCAAAA